CCUCCCUUCGCUCCACCUUUUCACUGUGAGGAAUUUCUUGCAACCAUUUAUUUAUAUUUAUGCCCUCACAGUCUCUCGGGCUUCUCGGCUGGAGUGUAUACGUGGGCUGCUGACGACGCGCUCGAACGGCAACAACAUGGGGAUUUAAAAAGCAAGAGAAGGAGACCAAAGCAACGGGACUCCGCAUCCUCCUGUGUCUCUCCUCCUGUGUCUCUCCUGCUGCUGCUGCGAGGCUGCACAAGAUCAUGCAACACCUUAGACCAUGGCGCGCUCUGCUCCUCUUAGCCGCGCUGUGCCAACCAGGAACAUCAGACAAAUAUGGUUGCCUAUUUGAGAGGAAACUGUGCACAAGGGAUCAGUUUUGUACAGAUGAUGGACUGUUUGGUCAGUGCCACAGCUCAAAGCAGAACCAGGUCCGGUACCAGGUGUCAGUUGCCGUUCUGAAAAGGAUGCAGGAAGUCCUCAAACAGCUCAUGCUACAAGGGCUGUCAUGGCAGGAUGACAUCACCCAGUAUAUUUUAUCAAAGGAACUGAAGAGAGUUCCCCAUACGAGCACCACCGCAAAGCCAAACCCCUCCUCCUCCUUCUCUUCCUCUUCUCAUUCACCUCAGUCUAAACAGCACAUCCCCAAUUACCACAACUCAAAGUCAGGGUCUCCAUCUCCUGGCGGCAACUAUGUGGACUACAUGAUUGUUGAGCCUCCUCAGACCCAGUUGCGCAUGCAGACAGCAUCCUUGGACCCGUACACAUACCACCAGCAUAGGUACCAAGAUGAAGUAGAGAGAUCUCUCAUGGGGGCAGCAGGCAACUACGCCCGACCCUCUUCAAGGUCCCAGGCCAAUCAGAGAGAGCGAGAGCAUGACAGGCAACUGCUGCAGGAAGCUUUGUCUCUCUACCUUGCAUCUGCACAGCCUUCACAUCGCCACAGAGGGGCCACUUCCAUGGCUCCUGCAGGUCUGCCUUACUAUGAGGAUGUGGAACUGGAGAUUCCAGUGGACUAUGUGGAAGACUACACACUAGAGGAGAGACUUGGCACUGCAGGCAGACAGCACGUGCCACAAAACAAGAAGGUUCUGCAAGACUUAAGCUCUCUGUCUGGAAACAGUGAUGGUUUGCUCCAGCGGAUGUCAGGAGUCUUGCAGAAGUACGGAGUUAAUCCCAGAGAGCUCAGUCAAGAGCAGCUCUACAAGCUAGCGCUGAUUCUGCAGCUGCUGCAGGCCCAAGACAAGACAGAUUCGAUUGAGAAAGACCUCUUAACCCUCAAGGAGAUGCAGACGGUAAAAACAGACAGUGUGCCAAAUAAGCUGCAGAGGCCUGCUCCUGUUCAUAUCCCCCCUGGUGCCUCACCCGCACCCUCCUCUGCCUCGGUCCCAGCUAGUCCUUCAGCGAGGAGCACGACCCCCUCUGCCUCUCAGCGUCCUCAGGCUGCUCCAGGUGAAGAUGGACAAGGCUUGAAGGAGCAUGAGCCACCGCUGGUUGGGGGCAUGGGAGCCAAGGAGGAGUACGGGUACAUUGUCACCAACCUGAGUCCUCUGAGUUUGUAUGAUGGAGUGAAGCUGCUGGAACUGCUGGCUGAUAAGAUACACCUGACGACCAGCAGCUUCAUCAACAUCAGUGUGGUGGGUCCUGCACUGACAUUCCGUGUCCGGCAGAAUGAGCACAACAUGACGGCAGCAGAGGUGGCUGCUAAAGCUGUGUCAGAGAAGACCUUCCUGGAGUCACAGACAGGCCUGAAGAUUGUACAGACAGGAGUGGGAGAGAGGACAGAUGCACGGGGUCUCCCUCAGGUAACCAGGGUUUCCCAGGGUUCCAGUGGGACAGUGAUCACCCUUGUUUCCAUGGCAGUAGUUGGCGGUCUGCUGGUAAUAGCCAUGGUCGUAGCUUGUCUGAGACACUAUGCGCAGCAAGUGGCCAAUGGCAAGCUUGGCCUGGGGCCCGAGGGAGGAGCAGAAACUCACUUUGACUACCAGGAGCUAUGUCGGCAGCACAUGGCAUCCAAAUCCUCCCUGUCCCGCCAGGACUGUGUUGGUGGGGCGAGCAGCAGCAUGGCGGGGGCCGCCAUUGUCUCAGGUGCCGGCGGUCGACGGGGCACGGACACGUCGCGCGUGAGCAGCGUCUCCUCCCAGUUCAGUGAUGGUCCUCAGCACAGCCCGUCCUCGACUCAUAGCUCUACCCCGUCCUGGAGCGAAGAACCUGCCCAGUCUAACAUGGACAUUUCCACCGGUCACAUGAUACUGGCUUAUAUGGAGGAUCACCUGCGUAACAAGGACCGUCUUCAGAAGGAGUGGGAAGCGCUGUGCUCCUACCAGGCUGAGCCCAGUUCAGUUGCUGUGGCUCAAGUCCCAGACAACAUGGAGAAAAACAGACAUGCUGAAUAUCCCCCCUACGAUCACUCUCGGGUGAAGCUGAAGGCUGAAGUAAACCCAAAUAAACAAGAUUACAUCAAUGCGAGCAGCAUUUUUGACCAUGACCCUCGCCAACCAGCUUAUAUUGCUACACAAGGACCUCUGGCCCACACUGUCACUGAUUUCUGGCAGAUGGUGUGGGAGAACGGCUGCACGGUGAUCGUGAUGAUGACAGCGCUGGUGGAAGACGGAGAGAAGCAGUGCGAGCGAUACUGGCCUGAUGAGGGCUCAUCACUGUACCACAUCUAUGAGGUGAACCUGGUGUCGGAACACAUCUGGUGUAAGGAUUUCCUGGUGCGUAGCUUUUACCUGAAGAACGUCCAGACUCAGGAGACCAGGACUGUGACGCAGUUUCACCUGUUGAGCUGGCCGGCUGAUGACAUCCCCACCUCCACACGACCCCUGCUUGACUUCCGCAGGAAGGUGAAUAAAUGCUACAGGGGACGUUCUUGCCCAAUCAUCGUACACUGCAGUGACGGCACCAGCAGAACCGGCACAUACAUCCUCAUUGAUAUGGUGUUGAACCGCAUGGCCAAAGGAGUGAAGGAGAUUGACAUUGCAGCCACACUGGAGCAUAUUAGAGACCAGAGACCUGGCUUGGUCCACACCAAGGACCAGUUUGAAUUUGCGCUGACAGCCGUAGCAGAGGAAGUGAAUGCCAUCCUAAAAGCCCUGCCCCAGUGAGGUGCAGCAACUGAGGACAUGAACACUAAAGACAACACACUCCAUAGGACACACUGGUCCAACCCAGUCAUAUACGUGUGGCCAUUACUGUAAAUAAGAAUUUGCUCUAACACACUUGUUUUCAGCAUGCAGUAUUUUACCAUUUACUCACUGUCUGGGGUUUUAAAACUUUUGGAGCAUGCAUUUAAUAACAAGGAUGUACAGAUGAGAAGAUACAAGAGGGUUUUUUUGUGUUGGUUAUUUUUUUUACCAUUAUAGAAACAAAUUUGAGUCUUCACCCUCUAAAUCGUCUACAUUAUUAGACAACCAGGCCGUCACAUAUGAAUUCCAAGGGAAAGGAAUGUACACGUCACACAUUCAGAGACUGUACGUCACCAGCUUGACUCUAACAACAGUGUAACAUUCAUCUGUCUUACUGCCAUUUAGUCCCUCAUGAUAACCUCAAACGGUUCUGCUCCAAUUAACUCAAUACCAAUUAACGGAGUGUGGUGUUUACAUGUCCACCAGAAUACUGUACACUGCUGUCUAGUGUGCGCCAGCAAGUUGUUUUUUAUUAGUGAGGCUUGUCUUUGCCUUGACAUAUUUGAUUGUUUACACACACACACACACUCUCUAAGUGAUUUGUUUGGACUCCUUUCUUGUUCACUUUUGUCUUAUUCAGUGUACGUCCUUGUGAUAAAUGAAAAAGAAUUCAUCCAGAUGAGUGUGUUUAUUUCAUGUAGCAGACAAAUAUCUAUAAAAAUGUAUUUUUGACUUGACCUAAAUAAAUUUGUGAUGUGAUGCAGCAGA